AUGAUAAAAUUGUCCAUAUGCUUAUUUUAUUAUAGAACACAUCAGCUGUGGAAGCACAGGCUGAGUUUUUUACCAAUGUAUCUUCAUGAAAUAUCAGUUAUGAAGACUAAAAAGUAUAAAUUUGAAUAUAUAAAAAAUAGUGUAAAGGAUCAUUUACAGAAGAUAUUUUUAGAAAAGUUUAUAUAUUUAUCCUACUGCGAAGAGAUAAAUAAUAAUAAAUCAUCCAAUGAACAUACGGAAAAAAAGGGAAAUAUAUAUAGACAAAAAACUAUGAAAAACACAAAUCAUGAAUUAAAUUAUUCAUUUAAUAUACCAAAUAAUAUAUAUAACAGCUUUGUUACUAUUCAUAAAUAUAAUAAAAAGAAAACAUCAUCUGAAGAUAGUUUUAAAGUAGAUGACUUAAUAUUCUUGGGAUCUGGAUUUAUUUACAACAAAAAUGGAUACAUUUUGACAGCUGCACAUAACAUUGCGAACAAAGAAGACAUAUUUGUUAUAAAAAAUGGAGAUAAUUUUUUUAUAGCUACAAUAAUAGGGUUGCAUAAAGAAUCAGAUGUUUGUGUUUUGAAAAUUAAUUCAAAGGAAAAACUUUCCUAUAUAAACUUAGAUACUAUAAGGGAUGACUUAAAACAAGGAGAAGUUGUUAUUGCAUAUGGACAAAUUCAAAAAUUUGACAAAGAAACUUGCAGUGUUGGGAUAGUAAAUCACCCAAAGCAAACUUUUUCUAAAUUUGAAAAUUUUAAUGCAAAAAAACAAAUAAGCUUGUAUCCAUUUAUUCAAAUUAGCAAUCCUAUAAAUAAAGGUAUGUCCGGUUCACCACUUAUCGAUCAACAUGGAAAUCUUGUGGGCAUGAUACAAAAAAAAAUUGAUAAUUAUGGGUUGGCUUUGCCUUCUAAUGUUUUAAAGAACAUAGCAUUAUUUUUACAAAAUAAGGGAAAUUACAAAGAACCAUCAUUAGGAAUAAUGUUUAAAGAAAAAGAAUUGACUCUUAAAAACGGUUCCACCUUCAAAAAAGAGUUAAAAAUUCAUAAUAUUGUGCCAAAAUCACCUGCUGAAAUUGCGGGUUUAAAAAAAGAUGAUAUUAUUUUAAGCAUGAAUAAAAAGAUUAUAAAUAAUAUUUGUCAGAUUCAUGAAAUCUUAAAUAGUUCUUCGGUCAAUCCCGUAGAAAUUGAAAUAAUGCGUCAUAACAAAAAACAAAAAAUGAAGGUCAAAUAUUGA